AUGUCUACUUUUAUUAAGCGAAAUAUCAAAAACAAGGGCGCCAGGAAGCGUAAACAGUCGUCAGAAUCUGAUGAAGCAGAGCAAGAGUCAUCUUCGUCCGUUGUUGUGACUCAAGAUAAGCGCAUGAAAGCGAACCCAAACGUCCAAAGUACCUCGGCACUGAAGAAAAGGCAAAAUCAAUCAUCAACCCACGACUCGUCUCACUCCAGCGGGGACGAGGAGAGCGUUGUAGUCAGCUACAAAUCAAAGCGGUCUGCCCAAGCAGAAGGACCGCGAGAUCAGGGUGCUACAGCGGAACUGGAAAUCGAAACCGAGAAGGAUCGCGAUGCGCAGGCCAUCUACCAGAAGAGCAUUGACAUAAACAAAGAGCUGGAGGGCAAGGAGGAUGACAAGGUGUACCGAGGGCUGAACAAUUACACACAAUUUUACAAGAAGAAAGAUAGCGCACAGGGUAAUGCAGCGUCUGGGAUGGUGCGUAAGGGACCGAUCCGUGCACCGGCCAACAUUCGCUCUACCGUGCGGUGGGACUAUCAGCCUGACAUUUGUAAAGAUUACAAGGAGACGGGAUACUGCGGGUUCGGUGAUAGCUGUAAAUUUUUGCACGAUCGCAGCGAUUACAAGCAUGGAUGGCAGAUGGAGCAGGAAGGGCCGGGCAGUGGACACAACCAUGGCAACGAAGAUUCCGAUGGGGAUGACACCAAGUACGAAAUCCACUCGGACGAUGAGGAGCUACCGUUCAAGUGUUACGUCUGUCGGGAAAGUUUCGUCGAUCCAAUUGUUACGAAAUGCAAACACUACUUCUGUGAACGGUGUGCUUUGGCGCAGUAUAAGAAAUCGACGCGUUGUGCGAUCUGCGGAGUACAGACGAAUGGAAUGUUUAAUCCAGCGAAAGAGCUGAUCGCUCGAUUGAAAACUAGAGAGAUGGAGGAACAUGAUUCGGAUAGUGAUUAA